AAUUGGGUGGCAUGACAGAGGGAGGGAGUAUAAAAGGACAGUUUGAGGGGGAGAGUCAGGCCAAGGAGAAACUUGGAUAACCACACAGGAUCAUUUUUGAGCUUGCAGACUUUUGUCUUCCCAGAUCAUGGCGGAUUUUGAUAUGGUUCUGAAGCACUGGGGCCCGGUGGAAGCGGAUUACAACACCCAUGGGAAUCUGGUUCUGACCCGCUUAUUCCAUGAGCACCCGGAAACCCAGAAGCUGUUCCCGAAGUUUGCUGGCAUUGCCAAGGGAGACCUGGCCAGCAACGCGGCUGUUUCUGCCCACGGCGCCACUGUGCUGAAGAAGCUUGGUGAGCUCCUAAAGGCCAAAGGCAACCACGCCGCCAUCCUCAAACCCCUGGCCACCACUCACGCCACCAAACACAAGAUCCCAAUCAAUAACUUCAAGCUGAUUACUGAGGUGAUCGCUGAAAUCAUGGGGGAGAGGGCCGGCUUGGACGCUGCCGGCAAGCAGGCCCUGAGGAACGUGAUGGCCGUUGUCAUCGCUGACAUCGACACCACCUACAAGGAGCUGGGCUUUUCUGGUUGAACAAUGUGGUCACACUGGACCGUCUUGGAUUACAGCAAUCAGAAAAUCUUCCACUUGCAAGCACUUUCACAUCUUGACAUUCAAUGAUUAGUAAGACUGCUGAUAAUAUUAACCUUAUCCUUAAAAGAUUUUUUAAUAAGCCCAAGAGACUUGCUUUCGUUGUAACUGACUGCUUAUUCGCUUAAUGUACAUCUAAAUUCUUGAAAAUGGUUUUAAUGUACUGUAAAUCUCAUUUUACCAAUAAAGAAUGAUCUGCUUCUUCUUACUGCA